CCUCAUGGGCUUAGCUCAACUGUAGUACCCCGUCAGAACCCGAAAGCUUGUUUUACUCUGUCUGUAAAUGAAGUAAAUGUAAACAAUGCAUGCUUACAACAAUAAUUUUGAUAUCAUGGAUGGUCAGUCCUUGAUUUGUUUUUCUUUUCUUUAACCUCCACAAGUUCCUCUCAAUUCCUGUUGAAGAAGUUCCUGAUAACAUGUGAACAUGGCACAUUGCCUGUGAUAAGGGUCUUUGGGAGGAGGGAGGAAGGAGUACACUAGUGGUCUGUGGGAGGGACCGCUUCCUGUAUUGUCUUCUUAUGAUUGUGAAACAACCCUUCCGUCAGUCUUUUCUUCAGUAUAUUUUUCGCUUUGGUAGAUAAUGAGUUGAGAGUGUAAGUUGGUCAGACGAAGUCCUAACUCCUAACCCUAAACGCAACCACUAAGAGCUCCUAAUAGUUCUCUCUCCUGGAAACUGGAAGACAUGACUGGGACGAUGCACUAACUACAGUAUAUAACACAACAGUACCUCUGUUCCACCAAUCCUCUCUUCUUGGUGGGCUCCCCUAUGCUUCUGUCUGUGAUUGGAAAAAGGUAAGUCCAUGAUACAGACAGACAGGUGUGGCCGCGCAGAGUGAAGACCAGGAGGAUGGCAUACAGUGUGGACUUCAAUCUGAGCCCUAUAAUGGAGCUUGAAUUAGAGAGUCUUAAGGGUGAUGAUACGGCCCAGGACUCUAUGUGCCAGCUCAUUACGGUGACGGGAACAGGUCUGGAGAGUGGCAGUCCUGAAACCCUGGAAAUGGAGGUCCUUACAGCGGAAGGCAGAGAUAGGUUGGCCAGCCAUAUGAGUGAUGUCAGAGAGCAGGCAGAUGAGAGGAGUGAGGACUCCAUGCAGACCAACCUUCUGGUGAGGAACCGCUGGUCUGCCGCCACCCUGAGGGUCCUGUCCUCCAUGCCCAGUCGCAGCGUCGGGCAGCAGAGUCGUCUUGAAAUCAUCUCCCAGUGCAACAUCCGUUCUACUCAGCUGCGCAGGUACCACCGCCAGACCCAAGACGUUUCCCUCUCCUCCAGACCUAGUAUCCGUGGCUAUGGGAUCGAGGCAGACUCUGAGGAUGUCUGUGAGGAAGAGACCAAGAGACAGGAGCUGGUCAACAAUCUUCAGAGUCUGUCGGCCGGUGACCGUGUGCGUAUGCUGCGUGCCACGCCCCUUAGUCUGGCUGAGAAGACUAAACUGAGGAAACGUGUAUUCAGUGACAAAGUUGGACAGUCCCUCUUGAGCAGCCAGGUUCCCUGCUGUAGCCUCCUUAAGCGAGCUUUGUAUCACAUCUUGUUCGGAUGUCUCUUCAUCGUCAGUUCCCUGCAGUUGUGGCAGGUGGCUUUGAAGAGGCUGGGCGGCCGCUUUGGCACUGGUGUGCUCUCCUACUUUCUCUUCAUCAGGACUCUUCUGCUCUUCAACGUCUUCCUCUUCCUCAUCAACGGCCUGUUCCUGGUGCUCCCCCAGGCCAUCCACCCGCCCCUUCACACCCCCAGCUCCCACAGAGUCACAGGCCUGGAGCUGUUCACCGGCACGGGUUAUCUCUCUAACUCUGUAAUGUUUUAUGGCUACUACACCAACUCCACCAUCAACACCAGUUGUAGACCUGAUGAAGCCACAGCCGGGACUGCCUGCAGCACCACCAGUGACCCUCACAUGAUGGCCUACAACAUUCCCUUAGCCUACUUCUUCACCAUCUGCAUAACAUUCUUUAUCACCGGCAUCGUCCUCGUUUACAGCAUGUCCAAGUCCUUUGGGAGGAGUUUCCGUGUGUUCAAGUCUCAGGGAAACUUGGCCAUAAAGGUCUUCUGCUCCUGGGAUUUCAAAGUCAGCAAGAAGAUGUCUGUCAGGCUGCAGUCGGAGAACAUCACCACCCAGCUCAAGGAGCUGUUGUCGGAGGUGAAAGGCGGAGAGGAGGAGAAGGGCAGGCUGUCUGGGAUGGCGGUGCACCUGCUAGCAUGGAGCAUUUCUCUGGGGAGCACCUUCUUCUGUGCACUCGGCAUCCACUGCUUUGCCAAGCACAUGCACCUGAGGAGACUUGAGGAUGCAGAGGGGGAGGUCAGUUUGGUGCAUGAGGCUCGUCUGCUGGCUCUGCCUGGCGUUGUGUCCUGUGGGAACCUGCUCCUCCCUGGUCUCUUCAACCUCGUGUCUUGGAUGGAGAACUUCAACUCGCCCAUUGUACGUCUCUAUGUUUCCAUCUUCAGGCUGUUUUCUCAAGGAGUGCUGAGGAGAAGGAGGAAGCCCGUGUUUGAUAUCGCCCGUAACGUACUCGAGCUCAUCUAUGGGCAAACCCUCACCUGGCUAGGCGUGCUCUUCACUCCUUUACUCCCAGCUGUGCAGAUCCUCAAGCUGUUGUUGCUGUUCCAUAUGAAAAAGAGCAGUCUACUGGUGAACUGCCAGGCAUCCAGGAAGCCGUGGAGAGCCAGUCAGAUGAGCACCCUCUUCAUCUCUCUGCUGUGUUUCCCCUCCUUCCUCGGGGCCACUGUGUCUGUGACCUACACCAUAUGGACGAUUAAGCCCUCCUCUGGCUGUGGUCCUUUCAGGAACCUCCCCUUCAUGUUCCACUCAGGCAAACAGUGGGCCCAGGAGCUGAAGAGUACCAACCCCAAGCUGGCCUGGCUCAACUGGGUACACAGCUGCUUGGUGGAGAACCCCUUCUUCCUGUUCCUGAUGGCAGGUGUCUUUCUAAUGGUCAUUUACGUUCAGACCCAAAUUUUAGACGGCCAAAGGAAAAUAAUCAGUCUGCUACAGGAUCAAAUAGAAAAUGAGGGGAAGGACAAGAAGUUCUUAAUUACCAGACUGCAGGCCGUCCAUGAGAAGAGGCAGUAUCCACUGUCCCCUUCCUCCAGGCCUCAGCCACAGGGCAGUGAGGUUUAAUAUGUUUUAAUGGAAGAUUCAAUUAUUCCGGAGUAUUCAUUGGAUGCUGCAUGUUGAAUUUUGGACUCCCAUCACAUCAAGGAUAUUUGGCUGCUGUCAAAGUGAACUCAAAGUGGAGUGAUGUGUGUGGUGAAGGACAUUGAGACAUUUCUUGUAGAAUGUAACUAAGACUGAUAUGUGUUCAAGACUAUCGGAAUGUAAAGUAACUGAGACUGAUAUGUGUUCAAGACUAUCGGAAUGUAAAGUAACUGAGACUGAUAUGUGUUCAAGACUAUCGGAAUGUAAAGUAACUGAG